AUGGGCUGGAGUUUCUUAAUGGAUUUUGUGAUGGAGUUUGCCAUCAAAAUGGUAUUUGAUGACUGUCAAGAAAAUCACAAAUUGAACUUUGAAGUUUCAAGCCCAGACUUCAAGGUGGAACCCAAUGGAGCUUUAGUUGCACUGAGAAAUUUAUCAGAUGCGGAGAGAGCUUUAGUCAUCUGUGCACAGUCAGCCUGGGCAAAAGAUACAGCAGAGGUAUUGAUUGUCAGCAGAAAAGAAAAAUCUGGUUCUUUAAAGGAACUCUUUAAAGCAGAAGAGGGCCUUGGGAGCAUACGACAAAGAAGGUCCAUUGUUGCUUCUCCAAUCUUAAUUCCUGAAAAUCAGAGACCUCCCUUUCCAAAACUUGUGGGCAAGGUGAUAGACAUUGACCGGCCCGAGAAUUCAAAGUUCCGAAUUUUGGGGAAAGGAGUAGAACAGGAGCCAAAGGGAGUUUUCAAAAUCAUUGAGGCCACGGGAGAACUCUUCGUAACACAACAACUUGACAGAGAAGCCAUUGCUACAUACGAGCUGCAGGUGGAGGUCACUGAUGUCUCUGGGAAGACCAUAGAAGGUCCAGUUCCUUUUGAUAUUAUCAUCAUUGAUCAAAAUGACAACAGGCCCAUCUUCCGGGAAGGACCGUACAUCGGGCACGUCAUGGAAGGUUCUCCAACAGGAAGUACUGUUAUGCGGGUGACGGCGUCUGAUGCAGAUGACCCAUCUACAGAUAAUGCUGUGCUGAGAUACAACAUUCUGAAGCAGACUCCAGACAAACCAUCUCCGAACAUGUUCUACAUUGACCCAGAGAAAGGGGACAUCGUCACGGUGGUGUCUCCAGCCAUGUUGGACCGCGAAACAAUGGACAAUCCAAAAUAUGAGCUCAUCAUAGAAGCAAAGGACAUGGCUGGACAUGAAGUUGGGUUGACUGGGACUACCACUGCAACAAUCAUCAUUGAUGAUAAAAAUGACCAUGCUCCAGAAUUCACCAAGAAAGAGUUCCAAGCCACCGUCAAAGAAGGCAGCACUGGUGUGAUUGUGAAUCUAACCGUUGAAGACCGAGAUGAUCCAGCCACAGCUGCAUGGAAGGCGGUUUACACCAUCAUCAACGGCAAUCCAGCCCAGAGCUUCAAAAUCCACACAAAUGCAGAAAACAAUGAAGGGAUGUUGUCAGUUGUCAAGCCUUUGGAUUAUGAGAUCUCAGCCUUCCACACGCUGCUGAUCAAAGUAGAAAAUGAAGAUCUCUUGGUUCCAGAUGUCCUAUAUGACACCAGCUCCACAGCAACUGUUCAGAUCACAGUUCUAGAUGUGAAUGAGGGGCCCAUUUUCCACCCUAACCCAAUGGUUGUCACCAAACAAGAGAACAUCCCUGUUGGAAGUAUUGUCUUAACAGUUAAUGCCACUGAUCCAGACACUUUGCAGCAUCAAACUAUAAGAUACUCCACUGACAGAGAUCCAGCAGACUGGUUGGAAAUUAACCCUGGAAAUGGAACCAUUCGCACCAAGGGCAUGCUUGAUCGUGAAUCCCCCUCCGUCUUGAAUAACAUCUACACAGCAUCGUUUUUGGCAAUAGACAGUGGUAGCCCUCCAGCUACAGGUACAGGAACUUUGCAGAUUAUCUUGGAGGAUGUGAACGAUAAUGCCCCUUCUCUCUACCCAACGGUAGCCAGUGUUUGUGAAGAUGCAAAGGACGUAAAAGUUGUCUUUGGUGCCUUAGAUAAGGACAUUCAUCCCAAACAAGAGCCCUUCAAAUUUGAGCUGAGCAAGCAAUCGGGUCAAGAUAAAGUAUGGAAGCUUACCAGAAUUAACAAUACCCACAGCCAAAUUGCCGUUCCCCCGAAUUUGAAGAAAGCCAAUUAUAUCAUCCCCAUCUUGGUGACGGAUCCUGGAACACCUCCCCUAAGUAAUAGUAUGGAACUCAAAAUCCAAGUGUGCUCCUGCACGAAAUACAAAGUUGACUGUAGCGGUUCUCCUACUUUUCACACCAGCACAAUUCUGAUCUUCCUCUGGCUCUUCAGUUUAUGCUGUCUGUAAGAACUCCUGACAUUUAAAGCUGGUCUAUCGUUUCGCCACGGUGACAAGCAAAGAGCAUACUAUCCCCAACAGAAGUUCACCUCUGACUUUUUCGACUCCUUCUUCUCCAAAGCCUUGGUUGCUUCACAACUUUAGCUCGGCAUCCUCCCAGCGACUGGAUUGUAUAUGACAAACGUGCGGCAGCUUUCGCUCCGGAUUCCUUCCUCAAGAGCAUUGGACACGAUAACCUCUUGUUGAAAAAGAGAGC